UCUACGUCAUAGUAUGCAAGUACGGAAGCCCGCUCAGUCAGACUUCUGCCUCAAUGCGUAAAACCUGAAUAGCCGUGUUAGUUUAGUUAAGUUAUCUUCCUGUUUGGUUUCUGUCUUAAGGUAGGAGGCAUCGGUGUUAACUUCGCUGAUGUUUGUUUCAGACGUUUUCAGUUAAAAGGCCGUCGCGGGGCUGCAAAACGAGUUAUGCGCCCGACGUCUGGGGUCAUUCAGGAAGUAACUAGCAAACAAGUGCUGCGGAAAGAUGUCGGAGCCCAGCCGGUUCCAGUGGACGGUGGUGGUUCUCACCUGCCAGCACAAAGACAGCGUGUACGCCUUCCAAAGAGAGCUGGAGUUGCGGCAGCAGCGGGGCGCUCUCUGUCAGAGUGCGUUGGUUUUGACUGUGCGGGACCGCCAGGAGCCGCUGGGCAGUGGUGGAGCGACUCUGAACGCUCUGCUGGUGGCUGCUGAGCACCUGAGCAGCAGAGCAGGGCACACCGUGGUUACAGCUGAUGUCCUAGAUGAAGCCCACAUCCUCAUUCUACACACUGGCCGGGAUUUUCCCUGGAGCUCUUGCAGCCGAGCGUUCUGCUGGCUGCCCCAGGAGAACCCCGAUCAGCAGAUCCAGGCUCCAGUUUGCUGCUUGGACUUGCUGCUGGACUGUCUGAACAUGCAGAUCUGUCCUGGGUCUCCUCCUGGUGUGUGGGUCUGCAGCACUGACAUGAUCCUCACUGUUCCACCUGACUUUGCUCUGACCUGGGAGGGUUUCUCUGGCGUUCGAGUUUUGGCGUUGCCGGGCGAAGUCUCAUAUGCAGCAAAUCACGGUGUCUACCUGACCGACCCGCAGGGGCGGGUCAGGAACAUCAUCUACAGGGGAACCCAGGAGCAGAUCCAACAGGCUUUGAUGUCUGACGGGAAAGUGCCGCUUGUUUCAGGCCCGGUCUUCUUCUGCAGGUCAGUGUCAGAGAAGCUGCUACAGACUCACGUCACACCUCCCCUCGACGGAUGCACCUACCUGGGCCUGGACUCUGGAGCCCCGCCCCUUCAGAUCUCCCUGUUCCUGGACCUGCUGAAGUGUCUCUGCUCAGAUCUGACUCUGGAUCAGUUUGUGGGUGAUGAGAAAGCCGAAUGCAGUACCACAGCUCCCCCACAGGGGGCAGCCUUGAAGAGCGGCAGGGCACAGCUGUGGAGGAUCCUGAGAGGAGCUCCGCUCUCUGUUGUGUAUGUCCCUGGUGGUUGCUAUGACUACCUGACUCUGUCUGGAAAGGAGCAUGUAGAGCGUUUAAGCCAUGAUCGGACGAGCAGAAACACUCUGUCUCACAUCCAGAUGCUCAACCAGGUGAGUGAAGGAGCUCAAGUGAUUAACAGCAUUGUGGAGGGAGAUGUUGCAGUGGCAACAGGAGCGGUGGUGCAACACUGCCACCUACAGGGUCCUCUGGACAUCCCAUCAGGGUGCCUGCUGUCAGGUCUGGAGGCGUCAGGGUGUUCCUUCAUCAGGCAACUGGCUGUGGGAAAUGACAUCAUCAUUCAGGGACAUCGGAUUGAGCUGGGCGAGUUGAGGCUGACCGUGCACACUGUGAUGGGCGCUCACGACGACCUACAGGUCUCAUGUGAUGACAGCAGUGCCUCCUUCCUCAACCAGAAGUGGAGCAUCUUCUUCUGCAGAACAGGAAUCCAGCCUGAGGAGCUGUGGGUCAAAGGAGUACAGCGCUCCCUCCUGGAUGCUCGGUUAUUCCCAGUCCUCCACCCCAGAGCAGGCACUUUAAAUGCUGAGGGGGGUGCUGGCUGGCUCCUGGGGGGGGCUGGCUCCCUGCAAAGGUGGAGGGAGUCGUGGAGGAUUUCCUUGCGAGAGGUGCUGUCCCUCACUCGUCAGGAGGCGGAGCUCCAGUGGAGAGAGGAGUUGCUGUUCCUGGCGGGGAGGAAGCGAGUAACUGAUGCCCUGCAGAGUCGAAGUAACGUCUGCCUGCUGCCUUGCUUCAGAGCCGCGGUGCUGAGAGGCCAUCAGGGGGCGCUGCUGGAGACUCUUGACAACAUCGCUGCAGGAAGUGAAGGGCAGACGGCGAAGCCUAAGGCAGAGCUGGGCGCGGCCGCUCGCUGUCUGUCCUGCAUUGCUGAUGUUUUGGUGUGCAUGGCGGGCGGCAAAGGGGGUCUGAGAAGUGGACCAGCUGCUAACGAGCUCUGGAGUUCAGCCUAUGCUCUCCUGGAGAAGGGGGAUCUAAAAGGCGGAGUCAAAGCCCUCGCCGUGCAGAGGCAGCUGUGGCUCAGCAGACCCGACCUGCUGGUCAGAGCAGCGCGGCACUACGAGGGCGCUGGACAGGUGCUACUGCGACAAGCUGUGAUGUCAUCGCAGAUGUUCAUCUCCAUUGGACAGGGGGAGGUCCCGCCGCUUCAGCAGUGGCAGGAAGUUCAGUGUCCAGCCCGGCUGGACUUAGCAGGUGGCUGGAGCGACACCCCACCCAUCGCCUUUGAGCACGGCGGUUCUGUGACAAACAUUGCAGUGAAGGUCGAUGGUAGGCGUCCAAUUGGCGCCAAAGCCAGACGCAUCCUGGAACCUCACCUCCGACUGGUCAGUUACUCUGGAGGGCAAGAAAGCAGGGUUUCCAUGGAGACGGUGUGUGAGAGCCUGGAGGAUCUGAAGGACUACUGCCAGCCUCACGCUCCGGGAGCUCUGCUGAAAGCAGUGUGUGUCUGCAGCGGUCUGGUGUCUUUGUCCUCCCAGGAUCCUCUGGAGCAUCAGUUGAUGCAGAGGUGGGGUGGAGGGGUGGAGCUCCACAGCUGGUCUGAGCUGCCUACCGGAUCUGGGUUGGGUACCAGCAGUAUCCUGGCGGGGGCACUUUUGGCUGCAGUGUACAGAUGUACGGGUCAGACGUACGACACGGACUCCCUGAUCCAUGCAGUCCUGUAUCUGGAGCAGAUUCUGACCACAGGUGGGGGCUGGCAGGACCAAGUUGGGGGUCUUGUGGGCGGAGUCAAGGUGGGCCGUUCCAGAGCGCACUUGCCUCUUCGGGUGGAAGUGGAGCGUCUCAGUCUGAGGGAGCAGUUCCUGGCGUCUCUGGAACAGCACCUCCUGCUGGUUUACACCGGAAAAACCCGGCUUGCUCGUAACCUGCUGCAGGAUGUGGUCCGCAGCUGGUACAGCCGUCUGCCGGCGAUGGUCCAGAACGCCCAGCAGCUGGUGUCUAACUCUGAGGAGUGCGCCCGAGCAUGCUCAGACGGUUCUCUGUCCAGACUGGGUCAGUGUCUGGACCGCUCCUGGCAGCACAAGAAGCUGAUGGCGCCCGGCUGCGAGCCGGCCUCAGUUCGGGUCUUGAUGAACGCCCUCAGGCCCCUCGUCCUGGGUCAGAGCCUGGCUGGAGCCGGAGGCGGGGGUUUCCUGUACCUGCUGACCAAAGAACCUCGACAGCAGGAAGUGGUGCUGCAGGUCCUCAGAAACACUACGGGUUUGGGAGACUUCAGCGUUCACUAUGUGGAGCUGGACAUGGACGGGAUCACAGUGGUGCAGCCGACAGACACUUAGAACCCAAAGCCUAAUGGAUUAACAGUUUCCAGCUCAUCAGUUUCAGUACAUACUUCAGCCAACAAUAAAAGUACACAAUAUGUGUUUAAUGAUGGAAGAUACGGUUUUUUACUAGUGUUUUACAGCUGAUCAAUAUGAUAAAACACACAGCGAUGACGAGGAGACCAAAGUUGUUCUGAGUACAAAAGUGUCUUUUUUUUAAAUAUUUCUGGAAUCUAUUUUGAUAAUAGUGAUGGCAUGUUUCUAUUUUAGGAUACAUGUUUUGUCCAGGAUUGAUCUGGAGCAUCUGUGAUAUGAUCAAAUAAACUCCUAUCUAACCUGA